GCAGCUGAGUCUAAACCUCCUUCCAAACCGAUCAAGAAGGAGACCAAGAAAGAGAAGAAAGAAAUGUCUCUUCUUGACCUUGACGAUUUUGAACCAACUCCCUCACCUCAAGUCACGCCGGUAAACAACUUGCUGUCCAACAGCCUUGUGACCGACCUGGAGGGGCUUUCUCUCUCUGAUGCCGUCCUGUCACCAGCAACCAUCGCUCCCUCCAGCGCGCUGAAGAGCUAUGAGCUGCUGCACCGCAUCACGGGUGAGGGACUGUCAGUGGAGUACUGCUUCAGCCGGCAGCCGUUCAGCCCCGACGCAAACAUGGUGGCGGUCCAGAUGCACUUCACAAACAACUCCGCCUCCGACACCAAGAGCCUGCAUAUGGAGGAUGUGAAGCUGCAGUCUGGGAUGAGGGUGAAGGAGUUCCAAGAGAUAGAGUUGCUACCAGCCGGUGAGACUGCCACAGCAGUGAUGGGCAUUGACUUCUGUGACUCAACACAAGCAGCAAACUUCCAGCUGUGCACACACACCAGGAAGUUCUUUGUAUCCAUCCAGCCGCCCGUCGGGGAGCUGAUGAGGCCAGUCUUCCUCACAGAGAACGAGUUUAAAAAAGAGCAAGGUCAGCUGAUGGGAAUGAAUGAGAUUACAGAGAAGCUAACGUUGGAUGCCAAGUGUCGGAACGAGCACACCAUUGUCCAGAGAGUGACCACGGCCGCCAACCUCAGCCGAGUCCCCUGUGGGUCGGAUAAAGAGUGCAGUCCUCCUGUUCCUCCUCCUGAACAUCCUGUCUACAGGUUUGCUGGCAGAACGGUGACCAGUGGCAGUCUGGUGCUGGUCACUGUUGCGACUAGAGAAGAGGGCGCUGCUCAGCUGACUGUCAACUGUGAGAAGAUGUUGAUCGGUACGAUGCUGGUUAAAGACAUCCUCCUGGCUCUAACUCAGUGACGACAGGCAAAGACCCAGCGUGACUUGUACUCCCUCACCUCAGCCACCUCAUAGAUUUUAAGGACUUGGCCACUGCUCCAUCAUCUGUGUUCUCCAGCAAGCAAAGUUGGAGAGGAAGCUUCCAGAUUGUGAAAAGCUAAUGGGCUCUUAGUAUUUUAGAUGUUUCUGUAUGCUGCCUCUAAAACCUCUUCUCAGAGAAAACAUCUAUAUAGAAGAAUAAUCCAACUGUAGCAUUAUUAUUUUACCUGUAAUUAGCCUAAAUCUGAAGUAUCUAUAAUUAAGAUGAUCCAAGGUAUAAAAAUGAUUUCAUGGGCUUUUUCUUAUACUGGUUUCCAGGAUAAACAUUGUAGCAGAGCGGAUAUUAAUAUUCAGAUAUUUUCUACUGUUUGUUCUCACUCUCCAAAUGGAAAUCAAACUUUUGGUUAGGUUAGAAAAAGGCUAACUAGAUUUUCAAUUUUGUCAUAUCAUUCAUGUGAGAUAUCCAUCCAUCUUACAUAAAUGAUUUAGGCUACCUUCACACUGCAGACCUUAAUGCUCAAUUCAGAUUUUUUUUGUUAAAUCUGAUUGUUUUCUGUGGUCAUUUCCUGUUUCCAAAUAUAUGUGACUUGUAUAUGAAGUCCUGUGUGAAAUGUAUUCACUCAUUCAUAUCGGAUUAAGGACCAAAUAGCCAAGGCUCUGUUCACACGGCAGCCUAUAGUGACCCAAAUCUGAUUUUUUUAAUACCCAUAUGCCACUUGUAUCUAAUCUUUUCAUUAGUGUCUGAACAACACAGAUCUGUUUUUUUCCAAUGCGACCCAGGCCACUUGGCUAUGUGGUCCUGGAUCUGAUCUUUUCAAAUGCGACCUGUGUGUGAACGGCCAGGACGCAUUCAUCCGACGUGUAUUCCAUUUGUACUCAACAAAGCAGGAAGGAAAGCAACAACCAUGGCAGAUGACUAUGCGGAGAACAGUCUUUAUUUUCAACCGUCUUUAAAAGAUGGUGUUGUUUAAUACAUUAACUGAGUUUGGGAAAGAUUUUUAGAGGAAAAAAAAAAUUGGAAUUGAGCAUUAAGUGUGAAAGUAGGGACCCGAUUUACUUUCUGGUCUGAAAACAUUGGUUCAUUUGCUUUGUCCUGACUUUGUUUCCAUCAGACCUCAGUUGUAAGGCAGAGAUAUAAAUGUCUGAGAGGAAGAGUUAAAUGGCUUUUUAGUAUGUGUCUUUGACUAUUGUGUCUUUUGGACUCAGGACAUAAAUAUUGAUUGGGGUAGCUAUUAUCCUGAUACUAUUGGUUUGCAUAGAAACCCUAGAGAAGGUGUAACCAUAGAGGAACAAGAAACAGCUGCAGUAGUGAGGCUGGUGCACUGGAGAGUCACCACAACUCUGCACCAAAGCUUGUAUGUGUUGUUUAAAGAAAGCAAAACAAUACCGGAUCUAUACUAUGAUAUGAUCAUCAAGGAUUUUUAAAGAAUUAAAACUGCAACGGAUAUUUUGUAAAUUUCAAAAAACAAUCUUCUCAAUGAGCAUAAUUUUAUUACAUAAGUUUUGGGCAGGAAAGGCCCUGUUGGAAAAAUAUCAAUAAUAACCUAAACCUUUCCAGUAUUUUAGAAUAAAAGACAGCAUGUAAUAAAAAAUCUGUAUUAAAAAUCAAAUAUAUUACUCAGUUUAACAGGAAAGCUAACAGCAGAUGUAAACAUUUCCUGAUUUGGUUUCUGCUCAAUAAUAGCAUUUUGUUCAUAUUAGGAAAAUAAAUCCAGUUACUCAUUCAGAAUAUAUUUCCCAAUAAAGUAGCUCUUUUAACUGAGAAUUAUUUUUCCUUUUGUUUUGCAUAAAGAUAAAAUGUCCGUGUUUGAAAAACACAAUGGCCAAUUGUUUCAGAAAAACAAUACAUUAGCUGAAAAAACACUAAAAACACUUGUAAUUCUUUAAAUUAAUGAACUAAAUUAAAUAUUUUUUUAAACAAAAUGAAAAGAUAAAGCCAGUGUAUUCUUCUCUACUCAUUCAUUUCACAGUGAACACCUGUUAGUUUUAGGUAAAUCCUCUGUAUAGCCUUUUUGUACUUUUAUCUGUAGAUUGUGCUAUCAUGCUAUCAGGUCACUUAGCUUGAACUAAGUGGUAAAAAUAAAUUGUUUUUAUUAUAUUUGUUUUAAAUACCAUGGUCUAUUAAUGCUCAUGUUAUUUUAAUAGAGCAUGUUAUUGCUCUAUUAAUGCCAUUAAUCUUAGAAAUUGUCUAUUUUAAAUCAUUACAAGAAAGAUUUUAAUACCUAAAUCAUAAUUGCUCUUGGAAACAAGGUCAGGAGAACCAGUAUGUUUCACACUACAUAAUUGUUUUGGUUUGUUUUGGUUUUAUUCUCCUUAAAUGUUGGUUCAUUUUCCAAUGGCUUCCAGUUAUUGCAGCACACUAAGAGUGGAACAGGAGAUUGAAGAUUUUGUUAAAGUAAAAACUCCAAAUGAAACUUUUUGUUUUCCCCACAGAAAAAGCUGAAAGCACCUUCCAUUGCAAAUUCACACAUGGUCCAUCCUUUCAUCUCCAGUGGCUUUUACAUAUGCGAAGUACGGUUUAUCAAACCCUGUGUGUGGUUGUGCAUUGUAAUCUUGAGGUAAUGCAAGUUUAUUUAUUGUAAAAAUAAAAGUGCAGAUUAAAGCUUGUGUUCUCUCUUGUAAAUUAU